AUUAUUACUUUUAACAAGUUUUAGAUAACACUUAUCACUAAAAUACGCUAUGGUCGACAUGAUGCACUAUCAAUGACUGAUAACUGAUCCAUCUUUACAAAUAUGUGAGGAAUUUAAAUGAACAUAAUAAGGUGUUGAAAUCAAUGUGAUCUGAAGGAUUACCUGAAAGAGAACGGACACCAUGGAUUUAAUGAGUAGAAAAGACAUUCUUUUCAUAUUUAUGAUUUUUAUUGGCUGCACUCAAGCAGGUACUCCGACAACCGAUCACACUGGCUCUUCCUACUCAACUGUACCCGAAGAUUUCAAUGGUACAGUCUGUAGAUUUCACAUUUCUGAUUCUGAUGCAAAUGACAUAAUAAAAGUAAACCCGGGUAAUGAUAAAACUUCAGAAUAUUUCAAUAUUGAACUGUCCGGAAGUGGAAAUGAUGUAUGGGUAAAUGUAACAGUUAAGAAACCCCUGGACAGAGAAACACUGGGAAGUGUUCUGAAGAUAAGCCUAUCAAUAACAGACAACCAACACAAUCAGGUGGGUUACGACCACUCUGUUUACAUCGAAGAUGUCAAUGACUGUAGUCCAGAAUUCCAAAAUUUACCAUAUACUUUGGUAAUACCUGAGUUACCGUGUAACAAAACGCCAGUUACUGUAUAUACGGAUAUUCACGCAACAGAUAAAGACAGCAAUGCAAAUGGAAGAGUAAGAUACCUGAUGGAGUCACCCGAAUCACGACAGAAGUACAAAGAGACCUUCUCAAUAGACCCAGUGACCGGAAGUGUAUCUUUAAACCAGUGUUUAGAUUAUGAAAGUAAUAGUUACUAUCAAUUCAUAGUAACAGCGAAGGAUCUUGGACCGGACGGAGGACUGAACAGUACAGCUGAAUUCACAAUACACGUGAAGGACGUUCAAGACGAGCCGCCUUUCUUCACUGGCAUACAUAGGAAACCUAUCAAAGCAAAUACUCCAAAGGGAUUUGAGGUAGCACGAGUGGAUGCUGUAGAUGGUGACCCAGGAGUAUCAAACAAGAUUCACUAUUCAAUAACAUAUAGCAGUUGUGGUGAUGGACUCUUUAUUAUAAACAGUGCAACCGGUGUUAUAUAUACAUCAAGAAAUAUUGACAGGAAUAGCGGAACAAUCAGACAGCAAUUUGGAUAUUGUACUGUGACUGUGGAAGUAAGUAUAUUAAAAG